AUGCUGUCUCUCUUGCAGCCGUGCGCCGUGCGCGCAUUGCGUCCUCAUGUAACUCCGAUUGUAGCACGUUCAUUUAAUGCUUCUGCAUUGAUGCGGGACGAUUCAAAAAAGACGACGCACUUUGGGUACCGCACGGUGCAAGAAGAUGCGAAAAGAACGCUUGUGAAAGGUGUAUUUUCCUCGAUUGCGUCUUCGUAUGACAUGAUGAAUGACGCGAUGUCGCUUGGUAUUCAUCGUCUUUGGAAGAACCGCUUUGUAGAGAUGCUCAAUCCUCGCGGCGGUAUUGCAUGCCUCGAUGUGGCCGGAGGGACAGGCGAUAUUGCGCUGCGCUUGCUUGAUCACGCGCGAACAAAGCACGCCGAUCGCGAGACCUCUGUUACUGUGCUCGACAUCAAUGCUCAAAUGCUGACAGAGGGCCAGAAGCGUGUAAAAGACACCAUGUACUGGAACACGCCGCAGGUUAAAUUUCAGCUCGGGAACGCCGAAGAUCUCAACACGCCGAUGCUGGUUCCGGAGCACAAGAACCCUCCUGCAAGCACACUGCGGAACCCUAUUUUGCCUCCUCUGGUGAGCGAGCCAAUUCCUGACAAUUCGAAAGACUUGUAUACGAUUGCAUUUGGUAUCCGCAAUGUCACGCACAUUGACCGCGCUAUCAAAGAAGCGUACCGGGUAUUGAAGCCGGGCGGUAUUUUUGCGUGCCUCGAGUUUGGUAAGGUUUCGGUCCCGCUACUUACAGAGAUGUACAAGCGGUACUCGUUCUCGGUUAUUCCCGCGCUUGGCCAGCUGCUGGUCGGCGAUCGCGACUCGUACCAGUACCUGGUCGAGUCGAUUGAGCGCUUUCCGACGCAGGCCGAGUUUGCCGCACUGGUCGCUGAUGCUGGAUUCCUGCUGCCUGGCUCUGCUGAGGCGCAGUCCAUGGGUCUGCCCACUCUCAGCAGCGCAGGUGCAUGGGAAGACUUGACCCUAGGGGUAGCGACCAUCUGGACCGGGGUCAAGCCGUUUGCAUAA